GGUGGGGCCUGAGCGCCGGCCGGGGAGUCGCUCGGUUUGCCCCGCCCCCUCAUGAAUGAUGCAGCGCAGGGGCGGGGCGCGGCGCCGGACCCGGAAGCGGAGCGGCUGAGUCACCCCGGCGGCGCGGGGAUGAGGCAGCAGCAGCGCGGGGCGGCGGCGGGCGAGUCCCUGCCCGCCUGAGGCGCCCGCUCCCCGCCCAGCCCGCCGGCACCAUGAUGGAGGAGAUAGACCGGUUCCAGGUGCCCGCCGUGCGCGCCGAGAUGCAGCCGCUGGAUCCAACAGCUGCAUCCAUCUCUGACAGAGACUGUGCUACAAGAGAAGGAGAGACUGUAGCCAUGAACUAUAAGCCGUCCCCACUCCAAGUGAAACUAGAGAAGCAGCGGGAACUAGCUCGGAAGGGGUCCCUGAAGAAUGGCAACAUGGGAAGUCCAGUUAAUCAGCAGCCCAAGAAGAACAACGUGAUGGCACGGACAAGGCUGGUUGUUCCCAAUAAAGGCUAUUCAUCGUUAGAUCAGAGUCCAGAUGAAAAGCCACUGGUAGCCUUGGAUACAGACAGUGAUGACGACUUCGAUAUGUCCAGAUAUUCCUCUUCAGGAUACUCAUCAGCUGAGAUUAACCAAGACUUGAACAUCCAGCUGCUAAAGGAUGGGUAUCGGUUAGAUGAGAUUCCAGAUGACGAGGACCUCGACUUAAUCCCCCCUAAGUCUGUCAACCCCACCUGCAUGUGCUGCCAAGCCACCUCCUCCACCGCCUGCCACAUCCAGUAAAUGAGGACAGCAGGGCGUGAUCAGUGCUUUCCACUAUAACUGUAAAACUUAACGGCCAUUGCUUCCUCCUAUGGUAGGACGUGCAUCUCUUUGUGUUCAUGGAGCCAGGAGAAACCAAAAAUCCAUUUUACGAUCAGUUGAUAAGUUCUUCUUAAGCUCUGGUUAACAAACAUAGAGGCUUGAAGUGCCAGACUGGGCCUGGUCUAGGGAGUUAAUGCAAAAGGGCCCAGUGGUCCUAGGUCUGUACAGGCUCUGACUGAGGUCUGCAUGGUGGCAGGGCUGGUUUGGAGCAGCAGUUAUUCCUCCACGUCUCAGCUAAUCUUAUUGCAAGAUCCAUGGUGAACUGGAGACACAAGGUCUUUCUAACAGGGUGAGGAGGGCAUUAUCCUUAAUUCAUUCCCUAAAACCGAUCCAUUUUUGCCAACUAACUGGGUCCGGGCAUAGGAGCAGAGUAAAACACUCUGGAGGGGAGCCAGGCUAGCAAGGAGUAAGAUGCCCUGAAAGUCAGCUGCACUCACAGAGCACACGUAGGCAGCAUUUCAUCCUGGGUCAAUACCCACAGCCUCUUGGGCAGCCAUGUCACACAUCUGAUGAAUCUGCUCCUCGUUUCACCUUAAAUCACCCCCAGACAGGUAAAAUUCUAUCCACAGGCCAUCUUUGCUCCUUUUAGAUUACUUUACUUCCAGGAAUAACCUUACAGUCUCCACAAAUUCAAGCCAGGUCACAUUUCUUGGGUUUUGUUUAAAUUUUUUGUGGCCCAGCUCAUGCCAAAAAUCCAUUAAAUAAAUUCUCAUACGUGCAGGGACACAGAGAUUAGGGCGGGAAGAUCAAACGCGGUGAAGAAUGCACAUUUUUCCCAGGUUUUCACAUGUUUAUCAACGCAGAAUGCCAGUGUGGUCGGCGUUGUCCUAGGCUGGGAGGGGGAGCAUCUUUUGGGAACAAAAAGACUGCAGGUAGGUUCACCUCAUUAAAAGCACGAGGAGAACUGCUGUUAUCCCACCUCUGCCCUUUUCUGGGACAACCAUCGCUCACAUUAAAGCUGUCUCAAGAGUGAGGGAACUUGUGUUUAGACAGUGCUCUCAGGAAACCUGGCUCUAAAAUAAAUGGAUGGACGGUAUCAUCAAUUUGCCCAGCAGCUGUGUUUGACACAGGCAGGUUUCCUGAAUCAUGCAGCACGUUGGCUUCCCAAUUUUUUUCUUUUGUUUAGUUUUUGGAGCUUUUGGCUGCAGAGUGCCCAGGAAAGACUGCCAGCAUCGCCUUUAGCACUCACCUUAGCCCUGAGCAAUUGAAAGAUUGAGGAAAAUUCAAUCGUUUUUUCUAAUCUCAACUCCUUUCUGGAAAUUCAAUAAUAUUGCAACAAGGUGCUCAAGUUUCACCUUUCUGUAGUACAAAGUCUUUGUUUAAAAGCCGCGUGCAGUCAAGCGAGUCCUUAAGCGGGCACUGUCACCUGCUCUUAACAGCUGUAAGUGGUGUUGGCUUUGAUUCUGCCCAUCACGAGGCACCACACCGUGUGCCGGUCUGAGCAAAGGAUCAGGAGAUGGCGGCUCCAUUCCUCUCUCGCAUAGUCGUGAGCAAGACACUGCAAACUGUGUUUUCCUCAUCUGUGAAGGAGGGGAAGGAAAUUAGGGUGUCGUGAGGGCAAGUCAUUAUUAGUGAUCAUGCUUUGCUUCUUCAAAGUGCUUCAGUACUAACUUUUCCUGGUCAAUAGGGAGUAGAUCAUCCCAGAAGCAGGCUCUGCUGCUGCUUUUGCCCUUUUUAAUCACCUGAUGAACACUAAAGCAACACAAACUGCCAGGGCCAUUUUCUUUCUGCUUCCGUUGUGCCUCACUUCAGCUCCGACGCCAGCAGAGCUGGUGCUCAGCUUUGGGAAGAACUAGUCACCUCCGGAUAGCAGAGGAGCUCUCGCAGAAAAGGCGGGUGUCAGUUGUUUUCCGGGGAACACAUUUUUUUUAAAGUGGUACUGUGGCUAAAUAGGAACAAAAAACCAAGGUCAAAUCAGUUACCUGAAUUGCUCGACAGCGUCCUUUUAAAGGCCACUACGAUGAGGCUUUCAAAUUCCUCAGUGGCAUUGUGUAAACCAGGACGAAUCAGGUCCCACUUGUACAGACACCCAAACGUCCAUCAUCUCUCUCCUCCGGGUCAGUGCUCCAUCCUAGGGCACAAACUCUGCCCUACCGAGAGCCCAACCUGCCUGUGGCCAGCACCUUGCGGGGCUGCUCACCUGCAGCGACAUAAUCCAUGUUCUCUGCCGUGUCCUAUUCCAGCAUGGGCUUCCCCUCUCCGAUCAGUGCCUUUGUGUCCUGAUCAAGAGGGCGUGCUGCGCUCUGGAGCUCACCGUCUUCACACAACAGACCCCACCUGCUAUUUCUUUCUGUAUCCCACCACAGCAGCAUUAUUUUAAUUGCCCCCAUUUUUUUUUCUCUUGUGAACUAAGCACCUGCUUCCAGUUUAACCCUCUAAGACCUCUGAGAUAGAAAUGCCCAGUAGAAGGGGAAGGGAAGUUCGGACUUCGUCCAGGCAGUGACGUCACUGAAUGCCGUCCACAGCCACACGCAGUCACAAGCUGACUUUUGUUCCUUGUUCACAAAGGGGUUGGUUACAAAGAGCUGGCUUGGCGCGAUCAGAUACCUAAAAUGGAAAUUUUUGGCUUCUCCUCACUCGAUGCUUUGUGUCCAUAUAUUUUACUAGGGGAAUAAAAUAGACAGGGUGGGGGAAAGCAGUUAUCAAUGUCGGGUUGGUAUCAGGAAGGCUGAAUGCAUUGAGAAAAUGCACAUGUAGCUACUACAGAAAGUUGACCUAUAACCCUGUUACACUGCAGCCUCUUCUGCAGAAUAUGAACUAGUUUUAUGGUUUUUUAAUAAGGUUAGUACUAUGGUGCACAGUUGGGGUUAUGUAUUACACUGAAAAAUGGUUGGUUAAACCUGGCUCUCCCUUUGUGGCCUCAUGUUCAGAUCCUGGGUUCAGCCAGAAUAUGACUUCUCCUGCCUUGUGCCAGCCAAAGAGGCCUAGACUAGUGUAUUGUCCACCAUGCUGUGAGGCUCUCUCUCAGACCCAGAGGAUUUUCCUGAUGCUCUGCAUUGUAAAACAGGCAGCCUGCUGGCCAGGAGAGCUCUCAAAUGUCUGUAGAUUGCUUGAGAGAAAGCUGGUUUCCAAAUCAUCCCUAUUUCAAGAUGCCUUCUCAAGCAUCAGAAACCCCAUCUUCCAGUCCCAAGCCCCAGGAAGCUCCAUUACAGCAUCCCAGCAUGUGAAAGCCUAUUGCACUAUCAGCCAAAAGUACCAUGCCAAUACUGUUUGCUUAAUGGUGGGGAUAAAAUUCUCACAGUGACCCACAGGCCUCACAGAAGCAUUUGCACCUGAUGCCUUUGAAUCCAAGCCCCUCUGUUUGCUCAUAAUUAAGGCCUCCAAGUUUUAGUUACCAAAGCACCAGACUUUAAUCACAUUCCUUCCUUUUUAACUGCCACAUGGAUCCCGCGGGCUGGCUCUGCUACGUAAGAUGACAGCACACAGGCCUGGUUUUCCAGCGCUCCAAAGAUUAAGGUCAUAACUCGGUUUACAAUGAAUAUUCACACUGAUGCCACGUUGCCAUGGGCAAAGAAUGACCGCUGUCUGGUGAGUGACUCCCACUGCAAGGUUAUUAUAUAUUGAACCAACCCAGCAAACAGCCCUGUCUAACCUCAGCGCCUGAGUCACCUCUACUCAGCAUCUUGGCGUCCAGUAUGUCCCAGUAUGAGGCACCAGUGGGAUUCAGCAUGGGAUCAAGUUACUUUGCACUGACAUUGCGUGUGGAAUGUAGCAUCCAAGAGGGCACGGUUCGUGCUCACUGCAGUCCUGUUCCUCUUUUGUUCACCUGUCACCAGAAGCGAUGGUGCAGAAAAUGAAACAGAGGCACCGUGCUGCCUUGCAGGGGCCUCCAAAAUGGCACGUUCCUAGAAUCCGUGUCCUGUUCGCUGGGCCAGCAAGGUCUAGGAGCACUUAGAGCAGCGCUGAAAAGCUAGAAAGGACAUCAGAUGCCAUCUGAAAAGAAAGAGAACGUGGCAGGCAGUCCCACAGCAUUUAGAAGCAAUGAGAAGGUGGGACAACCUUUUGGAGUGAAGAUAAGGUGGGAGGGAGCAUUAAUGGAUGACAGAUUGCUGCCAACCAGUAAUGAGCUGGCCUCGAAAGCUUCUUAACGAUUACACUGACUUGGCCUUUCAGAUGGAAAAUGGAGCUCCAGGUGCUUUCUGGUCGCUGCACUUAGGGCCAGUCACUGCAUUCAUGUCCUCCUGCAGCCCUUGCUCUAGGCUGCGGGUAGAGGGUGGCGCCUGGAAGGGGGAACACCUGCUGCUCUCCAUCAGGAGUGCCAUCCCCACGGCCUGUCUGACCAGAUGCCUUUCCGGGUAGAAAGCCAGCCCUCGAACCAGGAGAAGUGCUGAGUUAUCUGGUGCACACUGCUUACUACAUGACUUGCACGGACUGCGUUUCAGACGUGGGCGGAAGUUUGUACCCUGCUGUUCCUCCCAGUGCAUUUGUUACCAGCCCACAUGCCUUUGUGUCUGCUGUGUCGCUUUGACUGUCUUGUCCACUGCUGCUUGGUGACUGCAUAAAUGUGCUUGGGGAGUAGCAGCAGACGCACCAGAUAACCCACCUUCUUCUAGGGCAUCCCCAGAAUAGCACUGGGAUGGCCAAGCUCACUCACCAACUGGACAAGCCUAGACCAACCCACCCAGCCGUGCGCUGGCUGGCACCCUCAUUCCUCAGCUGCUCUCCAGAAAAUCCUUUUCUCUUUCUCCUUUCAGCAAUUAUUUUUUUACUCUGCUGCAGAACCUGAGAGGCUUGAGAAAGCAGUUGCCUGAUGGAGCAGAAAUGAGGAGGAAGGGGCAGGCAGGCACCAGAUGGAGCAGUGGAGUGGAGGAGGAGGCAAUGAUUGCAGAUGUUGCAGGGCUGUGUUCCCCACUCAUUAGGCAGCUGGCAUGCGCGCAGCCCCAGCGCUGCUGCUCCAGCCAGGUGGAAGGCCGCAAUGGGUUUGACAGCUCUUCAAGAGGAUGAAGAUGCUGACGAGGGUACAGGGGCCGGAGGGGGCUGGCUACAUGGACUGGCUGGUAAUAGAAAUCAAAAGCCCAGCAAAAGAGCCGACUUGCUAAGGAGAUGCUGAGAUGAGCACGCUUGCAAUUGAGGGGUAUAAACCAACAUGUUCAUCCCUCUCUCGGAUUCAGGACUUCGCUUCUGACCCUUUGCUUUACCUUUGCGUCCUUCCUCCAUACACACGCACAACGUGGCUAGUGCUGCAUAGGAUUAAAUUCACCGUGGUGUCCCGAUAGUGCUUGACUGAGCAGAUGUAGGCUUUGCAUGACCUGCGCGUGAAUCAAAAGUGCAUUCACUCCUGCUUUGAUCCCAGCUUCCCCCCAGAGCUGACGGCAAGGAACAGUAUUCUCUUUCAGCUCGUUUUGUCCCUUGUAUAAAUAAUAGAUGCCCAGGCAGGGCUUGGGGGAAUCUAGGCGUCUAGCAGAGGAUGACGAUCUAAAGAGAGACACUGAGGCUGCUCCCAGCUCCCUUCCCUGGCAAGGGGUUGCUGAUGCUCAGGAUCAGACCCUUUGUGACCGCUCCCAGCCCCCACCAAAGCUGGAAGGGUGCAGUAGCACUAGGGGAUGAAUCGCCCUCUGCUCAGCUUUUGUGGGAACAUGGCGAGGGUGUCACUUCCACUCAGCGAUUUUCUUCAAAGUUUGAACUGCAUCUCAUCAGACAAGCUUGCCGCCAUUCCCAGGGCUGGGGAUUUGGUCAGGUCACACAGCAGGGACGGCUUUCGAAGCCAGACGUAUCCAGACCAAGCAGGUCAGUGACUUUGCAGUGACCUAGAGCAGGCCACAGUAGAUGGACAUCAGAGCGGGAGGAAGCAGGCAACCGUUCUGAGGUCCUCUGGCAGCACGCAGGCUGCUGGUGAGACCCGGUGCCCGACCAUCAAGCUGUAAUCCAUCCUUUGCAUCGCACGGCUACGUUGUAGGGUUGGACGGAAGUUCCCCGAUGCUGAAACUGUAUCUCCCUCCUGCGCCCACCUCGGUGGUGUCUCUGACCCCAGGGCAUCCUUACACCGGCAGCAUCCCGACUCUACCUGAAAGAGUGCUGGAGACAGGCCAGGAGACCAAAGACUUACGCAUCAUCGUGGUGAACUGAAACACACUGCAGUGGCCCCGGCAGAGGACACGGAUCCCCAACACGAGUCAGAGGGCCAUUUGGCAUUGUGUUCUGGGACCUACAGGUUUUCACAAGCCGUGUUGGUGCGCAGACGAGAGGCUGAGCAGGGGACUCAGCACAGAACCUGGGUGUUCUCCACAUCUGGACCAUCCGGCCUCGUGACCGGCAGCAGUGUCACAGCUUUCCCCUUCAAACACAGAAAGCAGCUCCUCCCCGUGGCUUCCAGGUCCAGACAGUCUGCGUGGCCCAGCAACAGGCCCCACUCCACCUCUUCCUCUGACUCCCCUUCACACUAGAUGGAUUUGCAUUGGGAAGGAGUGCAUCUCAGGUGUGACGCUGCUAUCUCCAUAGUCACAGCGUAUGAUGGAAGCAGGGGGUCACAUCAAGGCAGUGGAAGCAGCCCUCGUUAAGAUGUACUCUUUCAUGCACACGGCUGGAAACCACCGUGGCCAGCGCCAGAAGAGCACAGCCGUGUCCAAGGGGCAGCAGCGAGAUAAGUCCCAUUACUUAGGGAGAUGGCGGUUCUCCGAGUUGCAUUUUCCUUUCUCGUUCUUCAUUCAGCUCUGCUCUUUUGCAAUACCACAGAGGCUCCAAAAAAAAUUAGAGAGCAUCUCCGUCCCAGACACUGAUGUUAGGGCCAGGCUCCUUCCAAAAUGGCAGGGGAACUGGGGUUUCUUUUACCAGUCUUUUGUGAUAUGGUCUUGUAUCACCUCCAAACUCACAGGUUUCUCUGCUCAAUGUCUUGGAGCGGCCUUGAGCUGAGUAACUUCCACAGCUAAGCCUCUGGCUGCAUGGACAUCUAGGACCUUGGGUUUUAUGCCAGGCCUGGCGAUCGGCACUUUGAACAUCGGCCCAGAGGGAGAGCUUGCAUACAAACUGACAGGGGGUGGGGAAAGGUCUGAUUUCUCUCCACCCGUUUCCAUCCCCUCAGGAUGGCUCCUGCACAACACGUUCUGAUGAACAAUGACUACGACUCGACCAAAAUCAGGGCUGCUGACCCAGGCAGCAGGGCAAGGGCACCCUUUGCCGUACAGUGCGAGACGAUGCAAUCAAAGCACCGUCCUUGGAAGGGCUCGGGUUUCAGGCCGGCUGUGCUUCAGUUGCCUGACUUCCCCGCGUAUAAUAGCAGCACAGCAUUGGAAGAGCCCCCGCUUGCUCCUGUGACAGGGGGCUCCAGGCCCUUGGCUCAGCGGUCAGGGUGCACAGCCUGCUUUAGAGGUGGGGUCGGGCUUUGAUAUGUAGACUCACGUCCAGAUGUCCCUGGAGUUCAGAGAGGUGGGGAUCUGGGCUCCUGCACGGCUUCAUCUCUCCCUGCAGGUAAAAACACCGAGUCCUCCCUACGUGUAAGUAGUGGAAGCUUAAUGCCGCACAGUUCCCAUGAGAGCUUCCCUCUUUCCUGUCCCUUCCUUUUCCCCCCAGCCUCAAAGGCUGCAUCACGUGCAACCUCUUCUGCCAAAACACGUUCCCAUUCCUGGCUGCUCUUUGAGGAAGCCAGAGAAGUCACGAGAGUAACGCUGGAAGCCUCCUUUCCUGGGAGGCCGAUCCUCAUUCAGGCAUUGACUAAAUUACCUGAAAUAGUUUGGAGGCAAAAACAACACGUAGGCAGCCGUGGCAGGGAGGGUGGUUGCCUUCCUCUGCAGGAUGCUCAAGGCAGUUCUCAUCUACAGCCCAAGACUCAAAUUGCUUUGGCCUCAGAGAAAGUUUGAAUCCAACACUGAACUUCACGAUCAGCCUCACUGCCCCCUUCUAGAUAGUACCGGUGAUACGGGUGUGGGGUCAUAGGGCCCACGACGGAGAUGCAUGGGGGUGAGCAAUGAAUUAGCCACACGCUGCCCUGUAUUUCAUCUCAGUGGACCCCACAAAGAAAGCAGGCUUCCUGGUCAGGCUGUAGUUCUGUGGGUAAAAGGGUCUAUUGGCAACUUUAAAUCUCUACAGGGGAGGAAAGGGGGUUUUGCAUAUUUUUAAGCCUUUUACUGAGCCUUCGGUAUAUUGAAGAAGGAAGAAACCUAAUCACCAUUUGAAUAGCCUUCUAACGAACAGGUUCUGAAAGCAGGUGCCACCUUGCAUGUCGUCCUGCGCGGUGACACGCCGCUUGCAGAUCUCAUUGUACCUACUGCGGACGAGUCACCUCGUGCACUGUACGGGAAGGGGGGCAGGAGACACAGCGCUGACCAUUGUGUUCAACAGCUAUGGCUUCCCAAAAACACAGAACCGGACCAGGACGGGGUCAGGGAGGGGGAAAGCAGCAACAACAAUAGAAGUAUAACUAGUCGUCACAGGUAAACUUCGGUAUCCGUGUCCAGUGGUUAGUUCUAGACUCGCGAGCCUUGUUAUAUUGCACACGUCCUCCAUUCACACCUCGGUUUUUCCUUCCCUCCCCAAGACGUUGCCAUUAUUGUUUUCGUUACACAACCGGCCCCGCGGGGAGCGGCAGAGAUUGUCAGAACAAAAGGACUCUCAGGCCACAGCUCUCGUCUCCGUCUCCCGCUCAACCCCACGUUGAGCUGUAAGACGUGGUCGGCCACUACUAGUCCAAGUUGUAUUAAUGUAUUCAAGCUACUUGUUUCAGCGGUAUCCCGCCAGUACUCUGAAGGGGCCGUGUAAAAGGCUCUUGCCACCACCUUUGCUCACUGACAGCCCUUUGCAAACACCCCGUACUGGACACGCAUUGGGCUGCUGUUGGCGGUAGCUGGCACUGCCCAGCUCACACGCGCUCCCAUUCAUGCAGCUUCACUUGCAGAAGCUGGCAGGAGGUGGCUGCUGCCCAUUUUUGAUUUCCCAGAGGGAGAGGGGAUCUCUUUUUUUGGCACUACGAUGCUUCAUUAACCUCAACACGGCCAAGUUACGGGAGGCAUUAAUAGUCAUGAUUGAUCUGGUGCGGCGAGGCGGCAUCCAGGCAGGCACAGAGGCAUUGCAUUAAUGACCGAUGCCAUGGCUGGGUCUCAAAACUGGGUCAGGCCAGCCCAGUGGUUUGUAGAGAGCUUUUUUCCCCUCUCUCGGGAAUCGAGCUGGCCUCUGCUUUCAGCAUGCUGUAUUGACCCCCUAGAUAAUGAACACUGAAGCGCUUUGCCCCGGCACAUCUUGUCUCAACCCGAACAUAACUGCUUGUACCCCGCAUUGAAAAACCGUGACAAAAACCAGUCCCAAGGUCUCAAUUCCCUGCAGUGUCUGACACAGCAGAUGAGGGGAUGGAAGGAGGUGCCCACGAGGCGCUGGGCUCCAGAUCCUUUCUGGACGAGUUCGAUAAAAAUGUCCUUCCCGUGGCAAGAACUCCUGCCGUCAACAUCGAUCUCAGCCCAGGAGACGCAUUUCUGUCCCCGGCUGCUCCCACGUGUAGUGAAAUGGCCAAUGCAGAAGUGUAUUAAGUGUAACAUUCAGCUUAAAUAAUCCGUAUCAUUAGGAAGAAAAGACAUUAUUGGCUUUUUUCCACAGUAAGAAACUGCUACUUGUUUGGCCCGGCAUGACCCGUUAAUGCUGCCCUUAACUUGGCCCUCCGGUUUCUUUCUGAUUUUGCUUUAUUACUCCUCCUGACGCGCCAACCCGUAUCUUCUAAAGAAUGGGUUUUAACUUUCCUUUCCUGUUCAAAACAUGUAGCACACCGUUGUACUUCUGUUCCUGUCUGCGUAGAGUACUGCCUUAAACAGAUCCGUUGUGUUGUGUUUCUUUUCUUUUUUCGUUCUUGGUUUUUUGUUUUGUUUUUUACCGUCAGUUUUAUGCAUUAAUUUAUUUAAAAAUGUGUUUUUUGGAAAACAUGUAUAAUAUUUUUUUAACAUUUCCAUUGCAGUAUUUAUCAUUGUUACUGGUUGUGUGUAGUGUAACAGAAUUAAUGAUAUUAAAAAGCAUACAUAUGAAA